AUGACAAAGCUAAAUUUCCCGGCCAUUCUCCUGGCUGUAUUUGUUACUGCGUCCUAUGCUCAAGAAGCUCCAAGCCAACAACCUCUGCCAGAUUCAGUAGAGAAUCUUCUAAAGUCUCACACAAUUAAACGUUCUUGCAACGCUGCUUGUGUUCAAGUCUCUCUGGACGAUAUCACUCCCUCUCUUGACUCCAAGGGCCAGGUCAAAUGCUGUCCUGUGGGUACAACUUUCGACGGCAUCACCUGCGUCUCCAAACCGACAACAGUUUGUCCCCCAAACACAACACUGCAGGCAGGAGCAUGUGUUUCUGAUCAGAAGCCUUCAUGCCCAACCGGCACUGUUCUUCAGGACGAGAAAUGUGUUUCGAUUAUCGAACCGGGCUGCUUGUCUGGAGCGCGCUUCGACAGCGGUAACUGUAUCUCUAUUCAACCUCCCUCAUGUGGCCCAGGAUUUGACUUCAACGGCGUCUCAUGUAUUUCAACUCAGCCACUGGUUUGCCCAGCAGGGUAUACUGUUGUGGGAAGUCUCUGUGUGCAUAAUUUGCCACCAACAUGUCCCACUGGAGAAAAGCUUGAAGCUGGGUCUUGUACUCAUGCACUCCCCCCUUCUUGUCCAUCAGCAAUGACACUUGAGGAUGGCCUUUGUGUCAAGAAGCAGACCCCAGUGUGUGCAGCCGGCUUUGUGUUCAAUGAGGACAGCAAGAGCUGCUCUCACCUUGAGAAACCCACUUGUCCUUCUGGCUCAACAUUCAGUGGACGAGUCUGUAUUUCGGAUAAACUACCUAAGUGCAAAGAAGGCGAGUACAAAGGCGGAGUCUGUCAGAGUUCCGAGGGGCCUGACUGCGUUCCUGGCGCCACUGCGAUAGACAGUACUUGUGCGAUGCCGUUUUUCUGCCAGGAUGGACUUGUGAAAUCCCGAGACCCCAAGACGGGUGGUGAAAAUUGUUGCCCAGAAGGGAUGGGCUGGAAUGAAGCCAAGAGACUCUGUCUACGGCCUGCUACCGACUCUACGGCUUGUCCGAAUGGGAGUAGCUUCAAUGCCGGAGAGUGUGCGUCUACACCCCAGGAUAUCGACUGUCCACCGGGCUUCACCUUCAAUGGCCGUGUUUGUGCCCAUUUCCAGGCUCCAUCAUGUUCGGAAAAUACCAGCUUAUCCAACAACACUUGCAUCUUCACAGAUAAGCCUACAUGCGACGAGGGAACGUUUAAUGGAUCAGCUUGUGUGACGUCUCAAACACCCAGCUGUUCAGGAGAGUCUAUCUUGUCAGGCGAGAGCUGUGUCUCGACCAUACCCACCAGUUGCCCGGACCAAAUGAUACUACGCGGGGCUUGGUGCAUUUCUGCAAGCAAUCCUGUUUGUCCCCCAGGAUCAACCUCAGCUGGUGGAAUCUGUAUUACAACCAGCACGCCCACUUGCGUCACAGGGACUCUGAAAGACGGUACCUGCAUCGCCAGCACGGGUCCAACUUGUCCCGAUCAGACUAUCUUUGAUGGCAAAUAUUGUGUUUCUCGGGAUCCUCCGGCCUGCGAGGCAGUCUUCACUUGGAAUGGAACAGCAUGCGUCUCGCAUGUCAUCCCAGCCUGCCCUGAUAAUGCUACCUUUGACGGAACAGCCUGCCUCCAUAAACAGGCUCCUACGUGUCCCUCAAAUACGCACCUCCAGGGAGACAAGUGUAUCAGCCAAUCGCGCCCUAACUGCCCUGAAGACUAUGUCUUCUCCUCCCAAGGAUGUAUUUCUGGGAAGCUGCCAGAAUGUCCGCCCGACAUGCACUUGCAAGGCGAUAAUUGCGUUUCUAGCGAGCCACCAACCUGUCUUCCUGGUACACAGCUCAUCAACGGCUCUUGUGUUGCAAUCAAUGGGCCAAACUGCCCUCCUGGCAGCCAACUGCGCCCUGAAGGAUGCGUCACUAUCACGGUCCCAUCAUGUCCUCAUGGUUCAUCCCUUCGGGAUAACAAGUGCGUCUCCAGCGGUGGCGCGAAGUGUACACUUCCUCUUGUCGUCUCGGGCGAUAAGUGUGUAUCUCCAGAACCGCCUGUCUGCCCUGCAGGCACCACUUUGUCUCUUGGGAGGUGUACUCUGGUCGCAACUCAUGGUUGUUAUAGUAUGCAGUAUUGUCCUCCAUUGUAA